UUUGAUUAGGAAGUGUGAACAGGUGAGCGGGAGGUUACUCAAGGGGAGGAGGCGUGGUCUAGGUGAAGGACACAGAACAAGAUGGAGUCCGCCGGCGUAGGCCACACUUUCAGGAUGAGGAGAAACAAACAGAAAGCAAAGAUGAUGCUUUGCUGGACAAAGCCGGAAGCCGAAUCCACAACUGGUGACACUGACGCAACAGUGAUAGACUUGAGAGGAAGAUUUUCAGGAGGCAGAAUGGACACAUUCAGGCAAAGAAAGUGAAAUUGUCCAGACUUCUGACAGACCACAUCGCGCAUCUGGGGUGCGGCCCCUGCAUAACUGGUUCCUAUCCCACCCUCAGUGCCUCAGGCACCACUAGUUCCUCCUCCUACCCUCCUGUCCGGGAGCAAAGAGCACCCCCUUGGGCCCCCCCCACUUCAUAUUCCCCACCAGCAUUCCAGCUGAAAUCAGCCACGCUUUGUCAAACUGAGAGAGGCACACGCAUUCAGAACCUUCACUGUCUCCGGUUUCCAGCCUCCGAGGGCUCCAUGCCAGACAGACUGAGCAUGCGGGCCACACUUGCCAUGACAGCCUGGAUGGUUUCCUUAGUUUCCAGCUAUGAAAACACAGCGAUUAGUUUGCCAGGUAUCGAAAAUGAAGAUUUCAUCAAAGACUGUGUUCGAUUUCAUAACAAGUUCCGAUCAGAAGUGAAUCCAACAGCCAGUGAUAUGCUAUACAUGACUUGGGACCCAGCACUAGCGCGAGUUGCACAAACAUGGGCAAGAAACUGUCGGUUUGUACACAACGUUCAGCUGCAUUCAAGCUACAAGCUGCAUCCAAAUUUCUCCUCUCUGGGAGAAAACAUCUGGGCUGGGUCUCUAUCCCUGUUUUCUGCAUCUUCAGCCAUCACAAACUGGUACGAUGAAGUUCAAUACUACAACUUCAGGACUCAGAAAUGCACCAAAGUCUGUGGCCAUUACACUCAGGUUGUUUGGGCAGCUAGUUACAAAGUGGGCUGUGCAGUACAGUAUUGUCCCAGCGUUCAGGGCACCGGUAUUUCCCACGGAGCGCUUUUCAUAUGCAACUACGGACCAGGACAAUACAGAAGUUGGCCAUACAGAGAAGGGUCCACCUGCAGUGCCUGCCCCAAUGAUGACAAGUGUUUGGAUAAUCUCUGCAUUAACCCACAACGAGACAAAGUCACACGUUACUACUCUAUUGUGUAUCCUGACUGGCCAGUAUCUGUGCGCAACAGGAACUUAUCUCUCUUUCUCAUUGUUAGUCCACCAAUCCUAAUACUGGGUGCCAUAAUGACCAUUUGGGUCAAGCACAGAUACCCUCAGUUCUUUUGAACUAAAUCCAGAAAAAAACCGCAACUCAUUCAUGUAUGGCUUUAAAAAAAUAACAGUUGGUUGUAUUUAUUUCUUAUUUUAAAAUAUCUCAGAAAAAAAUGUUGUUGCAAUAAACCCUUCAUCAAAAGAAAAAGUCUCAACUUCCGAACUCUAGAAUAAACUCAUUUUUACUUCCCA